AUGUCAACACUUUCUCCAUCUGUUGAGGCCGCCUCUGACGAUGUGUAUCCUCCAUCUAGCAUCAACAACCUCAACGACAUUGUCCACCCGGCUGACAAUCUGCAAAACGAGGAGAGAGAUAUGUACUCUGCAUCAGUACUAGGUAGAGAGAUGUUGGUGCCACGAACUUACGAUCCUGAUACAUACGAUUUUGAUGCACGGAUGCCGUGGACGCCCGAGCCAGAACCCUAUGACUCUGAAACCUAUUCUGCUUGGGGUAGAAAGCACUUCGGCGAAGAGUGGUACCAAUUGCGGAACGUUAUGCUCGAAGAAAGGAAUCCCCAUGAUAAGGACGAACCAGUGUACAUAGCGCGCCAGCAAGCUCUGAGGGUGAUAGAGCAUCAGGCUGAAGGGCGGCCUUUCAGACCAUACUCUCAGGGAGACAAUCUUGUAGGCGACCUCGGAGACGAAGGCUGGAAGCGUUUGUGGGCUCGAAUGUCCAACAACCAGCUAGGUCUUCCACGUAGUCCUUCCCCACCCCCAGCACCUCCGACACCUCCCAGCGACAGACCAGAGUUGCGCAAAUUUCUUAUCCCGGCAGACCCAUGGGAGCGAAUAGAGUUCCUGCGAGCGCAUUGGGACUUAACUGAGGAGAAUUAUCACUUCCAAAGGUUCUUCCUAAGGGAGGAAAUCAUAGACAGAGCUAGGUGGCGACGUGAAGACGAGCCGGGUAACAGGCAAGCCCGCGAGAAACGCGAGCUAAUGGAAAGCUUUGAAGGAUGUGAUGCUGAUCGGUGGCGGCUUGAAAAAGACAACAUCCGGGACCAUAUCAACCUUCCCAAGAAGGGCUGGACGCAGGAAGAGAUCAUUGCUGUGUAUGAAGCGGACGUGGCCUUUCUUGAAUGGUCACGGAAUAAUCCCGCGCCAAGAGGGUUUGGUUACUUCAACAAGCAUGUAACCCCGGAAGAAGUAGCCGCUUCGGCCAGCUAUUCGAAGCAUGACGCUUGGAAUUGCUUCUACGGAUCGCAGCCUCCCGAACGGCCACAGGGUCGAUACGAUUUUUAUUCAUGGAAUUUUGGCGUAUGGGAUCUCUGGCGUAAAGGUACCUACGGUCGCAUCUCCCGCCGGCGACGGCGAGAGGCCCUGCUGUCUGAUGCUAAGGGCGAUGCUGCAUCAUGUGCAGAAGAGUUGGACAGCAUUGAGGGCGAAGAACAGAGAGACCGUGAGGCUCUAGAAAGGGCCAUUAGAAGAUCAAUAGAAUUGGCAGAUAGAACUGACCGUCAACUGUCACCUGAAGAUCAGGCGGAAAGGUAUCAUAGGUCCCACAUGUUGGAAAUAACUUGUUUCGGCCACAACUACCUCGGUCACAAGUACGGUGUUGACCUAAGAGACAAAGUGUCAAAAUUACGGCAGCCGCGAGCAACAGGCGGGACAGGUGAUGCCCCAGGAACUCACAUGCGGGAAGCAGUGGCGCAGUCGACAGCAACAACACCUCAACCAGCGAGAGGCACUCUAGAGGGUAAGGAAAUACAGCGGACGGCUUUUGGUGCAAGCCCUUCCGCUGUUUUCCCUCAUCCCGAGGGCACUCUUCACAAAACUUGCGGCUGUCGGAUCACUAAGGACACAUCGACGCAAGCGGAAGCCUCGCCACGAACAGAACCCCAACGCCACAAUAGGCAGCGCAAGAUGUAUAUGAAGAAGCGGGCAAGCCGCAGGCUCGCGAAGCUGGAGCCAGAGUACGGGAUGCUAGAGGAUGCUAGAAGGAGGCGAAACACGGCUCGCGAUAAGCAAGGUAGUGGGUGA